AUGAUGUUUAUAAAAUUAUCAAAAUAUAUGAAUAUAUUUUAUGAAUAUAAAGCACUUUUAAGAGAAAAAAAAGAAAAUGAAAAAAGGGAAAAAUUAGCAGCAAUAGUAAUACAGAAAUAUUACAGAGGUUAUAAGGAAAGAAGAGCUUAUUUAAUUUAUAAAUAUUUUAUAAAAUACAUUAAACAUAAAAUACAGCUAUGUAGUUGCAAAUAUUUGUUAAAAAAUCUCAAGAAACAAAAAUUAGAACAACAAAUGAUCAUGUAUAUGUCAGAUAAUGCUAUCAAAAUACAAAAAACUUUCCGUGGUUUUUAUUCGAGAAAAUAUAUUCACGAUUUUUUUAAGAGAAAAAGACAAAUUAUUGAAAUUGACAACUAUGUUAAUGAGAAAAAAAGUAAAAUGCUUUUAGAACUAGAGGAAAAAAGAAAGAAGCAAUUAAUAUAUGAAAACAAAUUAAAAGAUAUGAAAAUACAUAAAGUUGCAAAGAAUUUGCACCAUUUAGUAUCAACAAAGGCUCAGAGAGGAGUCUACAAUUUAAAAAUAGAAAAUAUUAUAAAAGAACAACAAGGAAAAAUUGAAAAAAAGGAUAAAAAUUAUACUAAAAAAUAA